CCGCGCGCGCAGCAGAGCAACUGCGAGUCUAUAAUAGGAAGGAGGUAAGGUUGCGCAGCUGACGGUGCUGAUUCCGAAGAGGCACAGCUCUGCAGUCCUAUUUAAGUGAAUGGUGUCUCGAUCCUUUAAGGGCUUCUCACUCAGUAAAACCUCAUAAAAUAUCAACAAAUGACAGGAAACGGAAGGAGGAUCUUAUUUGGACAUACAUGGUUCAUUAUCAGAUCUACCAAAACAUCUAAGGCCUCCAGCACACAGACUGGCCAUGGGGAUCAAGGCUGCUCUCCCUAGAUAUGAGCUGUAUCUCUACUCGGCUGUGCUUGGCGUGGCACUGAUAUGGGCAGGCAGUUGGAUAUUUGAAGCCUCAAGUGAUAACGCAAACAGAAAGACCUUCAAAGAAAGCGUGAGACCAGGAUGGCAUUACUUCGGCAGGAAAAUGGACGUUUCAGACUUCGAGUGGGCAAUGUGGUUCUCUACAUUCCGCAACCAUAUCCUUUUUGCCCUCACAGGUCAUGUGAUCGUUGCCAAGAUAUUUUCCCUGGUAGCUCCUAAGGCUGCUGUAGAUGGAUGUAAGCACAGAUCCCUGAUCUUUGCCGUGUAUGGUGGUUUGGCCGUCCUGGUCACAAUGGGCUGGACCUUCAUGGCUCUGGUGCUGUCUCACUGCAUCAUUCUCUACAGCAUUGCUCUGGUGAAAAAAAAAUGGGUGUGUUUUGCUGCUGGUCUGAGCACGCUGGCCUCCAUCAAACUGGAGCCUUAUAACUCCUGGCAGGAGAACUUGGUGACUGGUUCGUUCAACCUGCAGGACAUUCUGUUCUAUGGAGGCUGUGGCUUCAGCAUCAUGCGCUGUAUGAGUUUUGCUUUAGAGAACUGUGACAGGAAGGAAGGGAACUACUCAUUCUCCGACCUCCUGAGAUACAACUUCUACCUCCCGUUCUUCUUCUUUGGACCUAUUAUGACUUUUGAUCGUUAUCACGUUCAGGCAAACAACACUCAGCUGACCCGAAAGGAGAGGGAGAUGUGGAACAUCACCACCAAGGCCUUGUUGCAUCUGGGGGUGAUUCUGGUGGUGGACGUUUUUUUCCACUACCUUUACAUCCUAACUAUACCCAGUGACAUGAAGCUGGUGGCCAAGCUUUCUGACUGGUGUCUGGCUGGACUAGCUUAUUCCAACCUGGUGUAUGACUGGGUAAAAGCAGCUGUAAUGUUUGGUGUCAUCAACACCGUGGCCACUCUGGACCACUUGGACCCCCCCCAGCCUCCCAAGUGUAUCACCAUGCUCUAUGUUUUCGCUGAGACGCACUUUGACAGAGGCAUCAACGACUGGCUGUGCAAGUAUGUUUAUGACUACAUUGGUGGGGAUCAUGAUAAGAUUUUUAAAGAACUUCUGGCAACAGUCUCCACUUUUGCAAUCACUACCUUGUGGCUGGGCCCAUGUGAACUGGUUUAUAUCUGGUCUUUUUUCAACUGCUUUGGCCUAAACUUUGAGCUUUGGGUGGCCAAGUUCUUCUCCCUUCCACCAUUUUCCAUCAUGGAGAAUGCCAUGGGUGAGGCCAUGUCUCGCAGGAUCAGGGGUGUGUUCAACGCUGCCAACUUCUGGGCCAUUGUCCUCUACAACGUCCUCUCCUUGAACAGUUUGGAGUUUGCCAAAAUGGUGGGCAGAAGAUUGAUUUUCAAAGGUUUCCCUCUGUCCACCCUGUCGGUGCUGCUCGUGACCUACUGCGGUGUGCAGCUUGUGAAGGAAAGGGAGCGACAACAAGCUCUGCUGGAUGAUCCGGAGCCAGUGCAGAAAGUGGACGGUGCCAAAGAAAAAGCAGAAUAAUCAAGACAAAUAGAAAAUAUAUAGGUUUUUGGACUUUAUGGUAACAUUGUUUGGUCCUCUGAACCAGAUUGUGACAUCCAGUCAGCACCAAUAAUUCGUUACUAGUUGUGUUUCUGCUUGCCAGAAAAGAGAUAUUUUGAAUUGAGACUUAACCAAAAGUGCUCUUGCUGCAGAUAAUCGCCAAAUCCUUUAGCACAAAUUCACCGAUGGCGUAUUUCUUAUUCGUACUUUAUCUGAACAAAAAGAUUAUUAAAGAGAUUACGAGUCCGUAAACAAAAGUACAGCAUAGAUUAUGCCAUUUAUUAUUAAUAUUAUGAAUGAACAGCUACUUCUUUCUUUGUGGCUGUAAACUGGUUUACUUUCAAUUCUCCUCAAAUUUGAACAUUCUUGUCUUUUAUCACCUUCAUUACUGUUGAUUUUAAUCGGAUGUCUUUAAUUGUUUUCCUUAGAUUCUUUACAGUUUGUAAUAGUAAUUCUGAAUCACAGUGAAAGGAAUAAAACUUGAAAACACUCCCCAAAUGGAGUGCAAUAAGGAAAACAAACAAGGGGUGUUGUGGGGAUCCUCCACAAAGCUUGCAGCUGAUUGUAUUGUAUAGGGGAUAGUCUACUGUAUUUAAUACGUCAAUAGAUGUUUUAUUAUGUUGAAUGUAUAGCUGAGUUACUGAUGACUGUACAGGAAGUGAUUGCCUUCCAUCCCUGCACAGUUUCCAUAUGACAUUACUGAGGCCUGUCAGCGUUUCGUCCCUUCGUCGACAGAGUCUCACUUUGCAAUGAAAGUUAAGCCUAACAGGAAGUAUGUGUUCCUCAUAUCCCGCCAUCGGGAGACCAUGAUGCCUUUUCUCAUUCAAGUGUUUUCAAAAUAAAUUGACUUGAAAUAAAGUUUUAUUUCAUUUA